GUCACCAGGCAUCAGGUCAUUUGGCUCGACAGCGGGCACCGCGUCAUCUGGCAAGGCAGUGGGCUCCGAGUCAACAGGCACGACAGUGAGCACCGGGGCAUCAGGUACCGGAUUGUCUGGCUCGACAGCGGGCAUCGGGUCACCAGGUAUGACAGCGGGCACUGGGUCACCAGGCAUCAGGUCAUUUGGCUUGCCAGCGGGCACCGCGUCAUCUGGCAAGGCAGUGGGCACCCGGGUCACCAGGUAUGACAGCGGGCUCUGAGUCAAUUGGCACGACAGCGGGCACUGGGAUCAGGUUCCGGAUCAUCUGGAUCAACAGCGGGCAUCGAGUCAACUGGCCUAAUAGGAUCGUCGGGCUGGAUCAGUUCAUCCUGCUGAGUAGCGGCAUCAGGCCGAGUAGCGGCAUCAGGCCGAGUAGCGGCAUCAGGCCGAGUAGCGGCAUCAGGCCGAGUAGAGGCAUCAGGCCGAGUAGAGGCAUCAGGCCGAGUAGAGGCAUCAGGCCGAGUAGAGGCAUCAGGCCGAGUAGAGGCAUCAGGCCGAGUAGAGGCAUC